AUGACCACCACCAACAGUGACCUUCCCCGCAUAACCGAUGCCACUAAAGUGUGGACCACUCUCAUUACGAAUACGGCAUAUCUUCCAGGAUUGCUCACCUUGGAGUAUUCGCUACGCAAAGUGGGCUCCAAGUAUCCCCUGGUCGUGCUCUACACAGACUCCCUUCCGGAUGAGGGUCAUGCCGCCCUCGAUGCCCGCGGCAUUCUGAAGCAACCGGUCCCCUAUUUGCUGCCCUCAGUCCCUAAGGAUUAUGUCAACGACGUGCGCUUUUACGAUUGCUGGAGCAAGCUCACGCCCUUCUCGCUCGUCGAGUAUGAGCGGGUGGUUCAGCUCGACAGUGACAUGCUGGUCCGCCAGAACAUGGAUGAGCUGAUGGAUCUUGAAUUGGACCCCCCAGCUCUGGCAGGAACAGGACCACGAGUUUUCGCUGCCAGCCAUGCCUGCGUUUGCAAUCCGCUUCAAAAAUCCCAUUACCCGCAGGAUUGGAUCCCAUCCAACUGCGCUUUCACUUCCCAGCACCCGAACCCGGAAGCCGCCCAGAUCGAGGGGGCACCGCCCACAGCCGGUCUGGGGAUGCCCAACGGUGGCUUACAGGUGGUCAACCCGUCCCCAGCCAUCUAUGAUAAGAUUGUUGCCCAAUUAGCUUCGUCGGUCACAUCGAACUAUGAAUUUGCAGAUCAAUCUCUCCUCUCGGACGUGUUCCAUGGCCGGUGGGUGGCCCUUCCAUAUGUGUAUAAUGCGUUGAAGACCCUACGAUGGGAUGGGGUGCACGACGCCAUCUGGAGGGACGAUCGGGUCAAGAAUGUGCAUUACAUCCUCAGCCCUAAGCCUUGGGACGAGCCUGAGGAGAUCCGGAAAAGCCUAGUGCCGCGCUCCAGUCGAGAUGCUUCGCACGCCUGGUGGUGGGAACUGACGGAAGAGCGGCUGCAGGAGGAGCGGGAAAAGGGGUUGCAUGACCAAUUUUAG